UAUAAAAGUCCCGAAGCACCUUACUGUAGCACAAGUUUUGCUUCAAAUUUACUGUUCCUUAGGAACAGAGGAAUACCGCCUUUGCCCUUUGUCUCCCUUACUGGAGCACCAAAAUUUCAGGGGUAGGAUUGGCUUUUCAGUUUCCUUCGUUGCUUGGUGUCCAUGUGUUUGCUCUCUCUUCUUUCACUUUUCUCUCUCCUCAAUUGAAGAGUUCUUCUUCAACUGCUCUAGACUUUCUUCAAUCGAAUCAGAGCAAAGCAAAGCAAGCUAGCAAUCAAUCAUGCCUUCCACUAAUUUGCUUCUCGAAGUACCAAUUCGUAUGGCUUCAAUUCUUUUCUUUGUUAAUUAGAUCUUUCGAGGCUCGAAACUCAAAAUUUGUAUGUGACCAACUGUUCUGCGAAAGAUGUCGGUUUUCCGUCGAAACAGACGAUGCCGGUAUUUGAGACACCCGAUGCUUUGAUUAACCAGUGACCGUCGCCUUUCGAAUUCGGAAGUUGUUGCCGGAGAUGAGUUGGAAUCCGCUAAUGUUUCCGGCGAAGAAUAGGAUGGGAAGGAAUGAGAAGAUAGAGCUUAUUAUUGAUGCCAAGAGGUUUGGUGAACUUUUGAUGUCUUCUGGUGUUGUUUUGAACUAUAAUGUUCAUUGGGUCACUUUCCAUAGUGGUUAUGAUUUUGGUUACUUGCUUAAGCUCCUCACUUGUCGCAACCUCCCUGACACCCAGCAGGAGUUCUUUGAGAUGAUCAAGACCUAUUUCCCUACCGUUUAUGAUAUUAAGCACCUCAUGAAGUUUUGUAACAGCUUACACGGUGGCUUGAACAAGCUCGCCGAGUUGUUGGAGGUCGAAAGGGUUGGUGUGUGUCACCAGGCAGGUUCUGAUAGUUUGCUUACAUCUUGUACAUUCAGGAAGUUGAAGGACAAUUUCUUCAGUGGAUCCAUGGAGAAAUAUGCUGGUAUUUUGUAUGGACUAGGUUUUGAUAAUGGUCAAAGUGUUCACUGAUCAGGAGAACUAUCAAACUUAAUGUUCAAUUUCCAUGUACCCAUUUUGUGUGCACUUGGUAAAAUCAGUUUUAUAAUCAAUUUUUGAUUUAUAGAUGUUGAGCUCCGACAUUGCAAGGUAUCUUAUCACUGCCCUGAAAAGCUUUGAGGAAA